UAUACCUCCUGAAUCACUACCCGGCCAUCCAAACAUCAACUUAAGUAGCUUCUCAGUAAAGGUAGCUUCUUUGUCCCUAGUUUCUUUUCUUUCUCUUGAUUUCAUUGAUUUGGAAUGGCGGAGAGCUGCGGCGGCGAAGGGCGGAGCAGUGGUGUGAGGCAGUACGUCAGGUCAAAGGUGCCUCGUCUCCGGUGGACUCCCCAUCUUCACUCCUGCUUUCUUCACGCCGUCAAUGCCCUUGGCGGCACACACAAGGCGACGCCGAAGCUGGUGCUGCAAAAGAUGAACAUUCCCGAGCUCACCAUCUCUCAUGUCAAAAGCCAUCUUCAGAUGUACAGGAGCUUGAGGCCUAGUUUGGCAGAGCAAGUUAUUCAAGAUUCCCAAAAUGGGAAAAACAAACAGGCCCUUGCCGGUACAGUCAACCAUCCACCUUCUUCUUCCUCUCCUUCGUCAUCAUCGUCUCUCCUCCUUCACAACUUCCCUCUCCCGGCGGCUCCACAGCCGGUAACUUCCCACCGGAAAAGAAUGUGCGGCGGCGGCGGCGGUAAAGAAUGUUUCUCUAGGGGUGGGGGAGAGGGAUCAAAAAGGGAAUGUCCGAGUCACAGUCUUCUAGACUACGUCUCACUCGGAGUUCAGCCCAUGCCUUCUUCUUACCUGAGUCGUCAUCACCCGGAAGUUGACUUUUUCAAGCAGGUUGCUCAGCAAAAAGAAGAAAAAUUGAAGUCACCCUCAAAGAAAUGCAAACAUGAGAGUGAUCAAAAUAAUGGCGGGUAUGGAUGUGAGAAAGGAGAGGAAGGGUGUCACAAUACAUUGUCAUUAGCUCUCUCACUCGCACCUCAUCCCGCUACCGGUUCGUCGACAAGUGAGAUGAGUGAAACAAUCUCGUCCCUCUCUUUCUCUGAUUUUGGCUCUGUGAAGCCUGGUGUCAAUGUUGAGUUGUCUAUUGCUUUUUGUAGACUGUAGAGAUUGAUUGUUAAUGUAUGUUCAUCAUGUUAAAUAUGAAUUGGAUGUAAAUUGAUUAGUCUGUAUUGACUUAAUGUAGCAACAUUGUCAUGGAUAACAACAUUUUUUGUAAUGAUUUUCAUAAUUUCCUCCAUCGUUGGUUCUUCUUAUGAUUUCC